AUGUCGACACACUCUGCCGUUGCAACUGUGGGCCUCAAGUGCCCUCUUGCUAUUAUCCGAGUACCUACCGUCGCUCCGACUGGACAGCAAGUUCGUGUUCGGGUUGAGUGGACUGCGUCGACGCCGCUCGACUUGCACCUAAACGACGGCGGUCUGCUCGUUCAGCAUCCCCAGGUACUUGGAGACAGUACUGCUGGCACUGUUGUGCAGGUUGGACCAGAUACGAAACGGUUGAGUGUUGGUGAUAAAGUCUUUGGCUUUACCUGGAGAACUCAGGCGGAAAAGUCGCACCAGGAAUUUUGUACUGCGGAUGAGUGGCAGUUUGCAAGGCUGCCACGAGGCUUCACCCUUGAGGAGGCUGUCACGUUGCCAAACAACUUUGUGACAGUCUUCCAUGCCCUCACCAAGGACCUCGGCCUCGAGACCCCAUGGCCGAAGCCUGUGGACUACCUGCCACCGCGCGCUGAUGACGCAAUACUCAUCUGGGGUGGUUCUUCAUCAGUAGGGCAGUUUGCAAUCCAGAUUCUCAGAUAUUACGGAUAUAAGAACAUCCUUACGACGGCAUCGCAAAAGCAUCAUGAGAAGCUGCGAAGCUUCGGUGCAAAGGAAGUUUUGGAUUACAAUGAUGCGGGUGUAGUUGCAUCGAUUCGAGCCAGGGCAGGCCAUGUUCCGCUUAUAUUGGAUUGCAUUGGCAGCAAAAACGGUAGUAUCGCGCCCAUUGCCCGAAUUGCCAAGAGAGGCACAAAAGUCGCCGUCCUGUUACCCGUCGUUGUGCGCGACUCGAGCGAAACCGAGGAUCCAGUGUAUGAGAUGGACGUGUCAAGGGCGGCUACCUGGGAUGAUGGAGUUGAUUGUAGGGGUGUAAGAACACACUUUUACCACGAUAACGAUUUCUUCAAGCAGCACCUGCAACCAGAUAUCAUGCCUGCCCUUCUCCAGAACGGCGUUGUCACGCCGCAAAGGCAGAAAAUUGUGCAAGGCACAACCCUUCUGGAGCGCGCGCAAAAGGCAAUGGAUAUGUUAAGGCGGAAGGAGGCGAGCAUGGAGCGCCUCGUGUGGCGGGUAAGCGAAGACUAA